ACAUUUGCAUUGAGCAAGAGAGAGGCGAGAGAGAGAGAGGCGAGAGAAAAGCAGAAGAAGCAAUCGUGAGAGAGAGACUCUCGAGUCUUCCUGAGUCACUCCCCUCUCCUCUCACACCUCUUUGCUUCCGCGACGACGGCGAAUUUGGCAGAGAUAAAGAGAGCAAACAACAUCUUCCCCUUCAAUUACCUUUGUUAGGGUUGUGUAUUCUGUGUUCUUGAUUCUUCUUCACAAUGCAUAAGUUGAAUAGAAACAACCGUGACAAACUUCAGCAGUUCGUGGAUAUCACAGGAGCUAGUGAGAAGAGUGCUCUUCAGGCUCUCAAAGCCACUGAUUGGCACCUUGAAGCAGCCUUUGAUGUGUUUUACAGCCAGCCUCACCCAAGAACCAAUUCUUCUGAUGUAAGACGCUUGGAGGAGCUCUACAAUAGAUAUAAAGACCAAUAUUCUGAUAUGAUUCUAGCAGAGGGUAUCUCGAAUCUGUGUAAUGAUCUUGAGGUGGAACCACAAGACAUAGUCACGUUGGUUCUUUCGUGGCAUAUGAACGCUGCCACAGCGUGUGAAUUUUCCAAGCAAGAAUUUAUCACUGGAUUACAGGCGUUAGGUGUAGAUUCAGUUGGGAAGUUGCGCGAAAAGCUGCCAUUUAUGCGUUCUGAGCUAAAAGAUGAACAAAAGUUCCAUGAUAUAUACAACUUUGCGUUUGGGUGGGCGAAAGAGAAGGGGCAAAAAUCUCUUGCUCUAGAUACGGCGAUCGGGAUGUGGCAGUUGUUAUUUGCAGAAAGAGAGUGGCCGUUGGUAACUCACUGGUGUGAUUUCUUGCAGGAUCGUCAUAACAAGGCCAUAUCUAAGGACACAUGGGCGCAGCUCCUGGAAUUUUCAAGGAUGGUCGACCCUGUGCUGUCGAAUUAUGAUGCAGAAGGAGCAUGGCCUUACCUCAUUGAUGAAUUCGUUGAGUACCUGUAUGACAAGAAUGUCGUUGAGAAGUGACCAGACAACUGGGAGAAGUAAUUUGUUCUAUCUUGCAAUGUUCCUUUCGUCUCAUUAUUUUAAUAGACUUUACUUAUCUUACAGAUUUCUAUUGUGUUUCUGGUCAGAAUCUUGAAAUUGAUUAUUAAAUAAGUCAGCUUUUUAACUUUUAA